AUGGCCUUGAAGCCUACCACCAAUUCCCAAAGUGCUUCGUGUCAAUCGAGACAUAACGGUUUGAAUACUUGGCAAGGUGGGAUUCUUUUGACUGCAGAAUGCAUGGGAACAGGGCUGUUGGCGUUGCCUCAUAAUGUCAAAGUCUUGGGGAAAUGGUUCGGUAUCAGCUUCAUAUUAUUCAACUUGUUCAUCAAUCAGUAUGCUGGGACAAUUUUGAGUCAGUCUGCAACGAGGGUAGAAGAACGACAGGCCUCACUUCAUCCAAAAAAAAGACAGCAGAAAGACAAUAAAGACGUCCCCAAAGAUAGCACAAAUCCUGGUGACAUUGAAAACGAACGAACCCCACUUAUUCCGGUCGACAACAAUACUGACAAAAGUAUCAGUAGCGCUAGGUCCACGGUAGUUUCCAGAUCCAACUCAAUAUCGAGUACAGUGGUUGAGAAUGAGACCGAAUAUGUUUGGUUUGACGUGGAUGAUACGGCCAGUCUACGAGUGGACAAGGAAGAAAACAAGACGACCGACUUUAUUGGAAUGGCGGCAUCCAUCUUCCGUGGGGAACAUCAACAACACGACUCGCCCGUGGUUGGCUUUGUCAUGUUACUGUACUAUACCAAUGUGUAUUUGGUACUGGGCAACUACAUUCUGGUAAUGUCCCAUGCCGUGUCUUCUGUGUUUGGUGGCAAAAUGUGCAUUCCAAUUGCGGGUUUGGUUGCAUCGACAGUGAUGUUUGGCUUAGCUCAAAUGAGAACAAUGGAUCGGUUGGGAAGAAGCACUUCCAUUGUGAGUUUAUUGGCAAUGUUUAUUGUCAUUGGUCAAUGCGUAUACUUUAGUGCUGCCCAUCCAGCAUCAUCAGACGAUGCCGGCCAUUCGAUGGAUGCCCUACCUGUGGACCCUACCAUCAUUGACAAGCUCUCUUCUAUGGGAAGCAUUGGAUUUGCAGUCGGAUCACAAAAGCUACUUUUGAACAUUCGACAUGAUCUGGCGGAUCGAAGCACGGCGCCACAGAGUCUUGCCAUGGCGCUCACAGCCUUUGGAGCAGUCUACGUUUUUGUUUCUCUUUCUGCUGGUGAAAAUCCACCUUCUUUUCUGUUCGAUGCCAUUCCAUCAGAAGGCAUCCAUCGACGCGUGGCAGGUUUGUGCUUGUGGAUUCAUGUAGCCGUUUCCUAUGCCAUCAACUCGCAAGCCAUAUGCUCUUCAAUGGAUCGGCUCUUUUUCAAGCAUUGGGAUCCAGUGAGAUGUCUCCACGACGACCGCAGAUGGAUGCUUCUCAGUGGAGUGACGGCUUCUAGUGCCUUUUUUGUGGCCAAUUCCAUUCCAUUCUUCAAAGACUUGGUUGGUCUGACGGGCGCUCUGACGAGCGUACCAUUGACACUGCUGCUACCUGCCGUCUAUCACCGAAAACUACUUAGUGUUCCAAUAUGGAAGUUUGAUACCAAUCACUUGCCAUCCUUUGGGCUUAUGAUAUUCUCAAUCCUCUUCAUGGUAUCAGCACUUAUUGGUUCGGUGAGAUCCAUCAUGUUAGACUGGGAGAACAACAAGGUUGGGUUUUUUCCCUGUACUCGAUAG